GUCAUUCUAGCUGCCUGCUGCCUCCGCAGCGUCCCUCUAGCUCUCUCUGUGCUAACUGCCUGCGCCUUAGACAGACAGGAUGCGCAAAGCAGAAGGAUUAGUUGGGACCUGCCUUGGUGACCCCAUGGCAUCCCCCAGAACCGUAACUGUCGUGGCCCUCUCAGUGGCCCUGGGACUCUUCUUUGUUUUCAUGGGGACUAUCAAGUUGACCCCCAGGCUCAGCAAGGAUGCCUACAGUGAGAUGAAACGUGCUUACAAGAGCUAUGUCCGAGCCCUCCCUCUGCUGAAGAAAAUGGGGAUCAAUUCCAUUCUCCUCCGCAAAAGCAUUGGUGCUCUUGAGGUGGCCUGUGGCAUUGUCAUGACCCUUGUGCCUGGGCGUUCCAAAGAUGUGGCCAACUUCUUCCUACUCUUGCUGGUGUUGGCUGUGCUCUUCUUCCACCAGCUAGUCGGUGAUCCUCUCAAACGCUACGCCCAUGCCCUGGUGUUUGGGAUCCUGCUCACCUGCCGCCUGCUGAUUGCCCGCAAGCCGGAAGAUCGGUCUUCUGAGAAGAAGCCCUCACCACCACCAGCGAAUGCAGGGAAUGCCGAGGAGCAGCCCUCCUUAUAUGAGAAAGCCCCUCAGGGCAAAAUGAAGUUGUCAUAGGAAAGCGGAAGUGCUAAAAGUGGACCUUCCAGGCAGUUGCCUCCAUGACACCCAGGAAGAUGUUACCGUGUUUUUCAUUUGAUUUAUUUAUCUUGGGGGAAAGGGAAAAAUAUAAUCUGCAAGUUAAUGGCCCUAUUGGCUUGUGUACACCUAUACCCUAAAAUGACCUCCCCACAUAGACAUAUGUGCACCACUUUUAAUCACUCUGGGGCAACGCUCACAUCUUGCUGCAUGUACAUGUAUAUGGCUAACUAUUGAAGUGUAUUUGUGAGAUGGACUCCAGCAAGCAUGUGACUGUGAGAUUGUGUGUGGGAAAAUGUAUUUACUGUGUGUGUGUGCACACACGCACAUGCAGAGGAGAAGGCUCUGAUCUUGAACUAAUCCUGCAUUGGUAUCCUUCCCUUUAUAGACUGAUUCUAGCCAAGGCAGAAUAAAAUAAACCUCCUAUAAAGAGAAUCCUGCUUCUGGUAUAAAACAAAUGAUGUAUUCCCAUGGGAUGGGGGAAUCCCUCGAUAGAUUAAGCUGAAAACUUAAACCUACCACUUUAGGAAAAAGCUUCUUCAAUUUGAGACACUGAGUUAUAUGAAAAAUUAAUUAGCCUCGACUUUAACAGUUGUUUAACUUCUAAAUACUCCGUAUUGAGUUUAAUGAAAAUAAGGGAUAUAUGCAGUCAUUAGAUAAUCUAAUCCUUCAAGUGAUAAAAUUGGAAGUUUCACCUUGCCUUUGUCUGAACCCAACCUACUAAGCUCCUUUACUCACAGUUUGAAACUGAAGCAGUAAAUUUGUUACCAGACAUCUUUUUUCGGAUUUUCUUAAGCCAAAAGCUGCCUCACUUCCACUGUUCUCAGCAGCUAACCAGCAUUUGGCAGCUGCUCCACUGUUGCGAUUGAGGGAGCAGGGAUUAGUCCUAUUAGAAGUCUGUGAAUCUCAAACUCUACCGUUCUCUUAAAUCAUCUGAAAUUUGACAGAGGAGCUGUAUCCAGUGUUUCCCCGCCGAACAGAUUCACUACUCCUACUGAAUCUUCACUGAACUUUGCUAGUGUAAACAAAGAUCCAAGUUACCCCCACGGUUGUCUCCCCUACACCUUUUUAUCAUUCUGGUGGGUGGAGUUUAGCUGGGGGAAGGACAUUUGAUAUGGGUUAGUUGGAUUGAGCAGUAUGAAAAUUUGCUUUCUUCAUUACAUACUGCUGUGUGUCCUUGUUGAUGUGCUUUGAUGGUUUUAAUAUUAUUGUGCCAGAGAUGGGGAAAGGGGUGGGGGUGUUGUGUGUGGGGGGAGUACAAAUUAUUGUAUUUUCUUCAAUGUCAUUGUUCUUGUUAAUUGAUACCUCUCUGUCUUAUUUCUUUCAUUCUUUCAAAAUAAAAAUUUUUGAAAUUUGGA